CAUUUUGUGGUUUUUAUUUCAAUCAGUCCAUUGCAUUUCUUCAAUUCCCAGGCGCUCCUUUCUUCUCAGCGCGCCUUUCUUCUCAGCGCGCAAGCUCCAUAUCCAAGUCAGCAUUUAGAUCACAAUAUUUACCCCACCAAUGGCGUCAGCAGUGAAAGACACGGUCUCCAACCUGAUGGGCAAGAUGGGCUUUCAUUCGAAAGAGCCCUCCGCUGAAGAGCUGAACCAGCUCCGGCAGAAGUACGACGAAGCUGGACAAGGCCAAGUCUUCGCCUUCUUUGACGAAUUGAGCUCCACCGAAAAGGCCCAGCUCUUCCAUCAGCUCUCGACCUUCGAUCCCAACCGCAUCAACGUCCUUGCUACUCGCGCCACUCAGUCCCAGGAAGCUUCGACGGGGCUCGGCUCUGGAAAACUCGAACCGCUGCCAGACAAUGCUACUGCGUCGAUCCUCGACUCCGAUCCCAAGGCUCUUCAACGCUGGUAUGACGAGGGCCUGCAGUUGAUAGCAGAGAAUAAGGUUGCGGUCGUUCUUAUGGCCGGUGGGCAAGGAACAAGGUUGGGAAGCUCUGCUCCGAAGGGAUGCUAUGAUAUCGGACUUCCGAGUGGAAAGUCUCUCUUCCAAAUACAAGCUGAACGGAUCGCGAAGCUGCAAUCUUUAGCUGAAGCGAGCUCUGGCAAGCAGAAUGUGGUGAUUCCUUGGUAUGUUAUGACGAGUGGGCCAACACGAAACCCUACAGAGGAAUUCUUCCAAAAGCAUGGCUACUUUGGGCUGAAGGAAGAGAAUGUAUUCGUUUUUGAGCAAGGUGUUCUGCCGUGCAUUUCAAACGAGGGGAAAAUUUUACUCGAGAGCAAAUCAAAGGUUGCAGUCGCUCCCGACGGUAACGGCGGAAUCUACCAAGCUCUGGUGACUUCGGGUGCCAGAGACGAUAUGAAAAAGCGUGGAAUCCAGCACAUUCAUGCCUAUUGCGUCGACAACUGCCUUGUUCGGGUUGCUGACCCUACCUUUAUCGGAUUCUCUGCGUCCAAAAAGGUUGAUAUUGCCACAAAGGUUGUCCGAAAGCGUAAUGCUACCGAAUCCGUGGGCCUCAUUCUCCUGAAGAAUGACAAACCAGAUGUUGUUGAAUACUCAGAGAUCGACAAAAAUACAGCGGAAGCCAAAGACCCCAAAAACCCUGAAAUUUUGAAAUUCCGGGCCGCAAAUAUCGUCAACCAUUAUUACUCGUUCGACUUCUUUGAAUCAAUUGAGAGCUGGGUUUCAGAUCUCCCACAUCACGUUGCUCGCAAGAAGAUCCCCUGUGUCGACACAAAUACCGGAGCGACCAUAAAACCCCAGACGCCCAACGGGAUCAAAUUGGAGCAGUUUGUGUUCGAUGUUUUCCCAUUGACACCGCUUGCAAAGUUCGCUGCUAUCGAAGUCAAACGCGAGGAUGAAUUCUCACCUCUGAAAAAUGCCAAGGGAACCGGUGAGGAUGACCCCGAUACAAGCAAGCGUGAUAUCAUGAACCAAGGACAGCGAUGGAUUGAAGCUGCGGGAGCUAUCGUGACGUCCGAGUCCGAGGGUGCUCCCGGUGUUGAGGUGUCGCCUUCCAUUAGCUACAGCGGCGAAGGAUUGGCGUUCCUCAAGGGAAGGACUAUCAAGGCUCCUGCGUUGAUUGAAACCGAGGAUGUAGCUGCUUAAGGCCAUUGGAUGCAGGAUCCGACUCCACACCCAUGUUUGUCGCGGAAAUAGCUCGGAGAAAUACAACACUGCGUGUUACUCCGGAUAUAAAAGACUCUACGGCUACGUACAUAGCAUUUUCAAGUCCAUAUUGUGGUAGUGAACCAAAAGGGUGAAUAUCAUAGAAUUCAUGAAAGUG